AUGUCGCAAGGUUAUUGCGCAAGUUUACAAUGUGGUAAGGAAACUGACUCCUCCUUGAAAUGCCCAAUUUGCCUGAAACAGGGUAUUGAAUCUGUAUUUUGUAACGAAUCAUGCUACAAGGGUAAUUAUAAAGCUCACAAGGCUCUCCACUCGAAGUCAGAUGACGAUGAUUCACCUUACGAUCCUUUUUUGAAGUUUAAGUACACUGGUAGUUUAAGGGCGCAUUAUCCCUUAACUCCCAAAAGAUAUGUGCCGCCAGAGAUUGAGAAGCCUGACUGGGCAGCAAAUGGCUUGCCAUUAAGUGAGCAGCGUAAUGAUAGAUUAAAUAAAAUUCCAAUCUACACUAAGGAUGAGAUAAAGAAGAUUAGAAAAGCUUGUAUUGCAGCUAGAGAGGUUUUGGACAUUGCUGCUAGCGCGGUGAGGCCAGGAAUCACAACUGAUGAGAUUGAUGAGAUUGUCCACAACGAAACUAUAAAGAGAGAUGCAUAUCCUUCUCCACUUAACUACUACAACUUUCCGAAAUCUGUUUGUACAUCUGUUAACGAAAUCAUUUGUCAUGGUAUACCUGACAAGUAUGUGUUAAAAGAUGGAGACAUAGUGAACUUGGAUGUUUCCUUGUAUUACCAAGGAAUGCAUGCAGAUCUUAAUGAGACAUAUUACGUUGGAGAGGCCACCAGUAAAGAGGCCAUAAAUACAGUUGAAACCGCGAGAGAGUGCUUGAAGAAUGCGAUCAAACUAUGUAAGCCAGGAACAAGAUUCCAGGACUUAGGUGAUGUGAUUGAAAAGCAUGCGAAGCAAAAUAAAUGUUCAGUUGUUAGAACAUACUGUGGCCAUGGAGUUGGAAAAUUCUUCCAUUGUUCGCCAAAUAUUCCACAUUAUGCCAAUAAUAGAACCCCUGGUAUAAUGAAGGCUGGUAUGGUUUUUACGAUCGAACCAAUGAUUAAUGAAGGUGUAUGGCAAGACAUUACUUGGCCUGAUGACUGGACUGCCGCAACCAAAGAUGGUAAGGUGAGUGCGCAAUUUGAACAUACCCUGUUAGUUACAGACAACGGUGUUGAGAUUUUGACAGCCAGGAACAAGAAGUCUCCAGGUGGUCCAAGGCAUAGGACAAAGUAA